ACGACGAUGACGAAUUACCAGGUUACGAUGGAUUAGUAUUUUUAUUUAAUGAUUCAAAUGAAGAUACGAUUAUGGAAAAAAUCGACGAAAAUACUCUUGAGGAGGAGAGUAAAUUGCCACUAGCAAGUGGCAAUAAGGUAAAAUCUAAUCCUUUACAAAUUACCAAAGAUGACUUAAAGCAAUUAUCUCAAGAUUUUGCUGACCAUAUAAAAUGGGAAUGUGAUCCAGCACCGAAAAACAUCCAGAAUUACUUUGACAAUCAUUGUGAAAAACUCGACAAUA